ACACCAGUAUAUAUAAAAAUACUAUAUACAAAGGGUUAAAUAGUAGUUUGGUCAGGCCUAGGAGUGGCUCCACGAUUUGGAUAUGCCAGGGACCCACAGAAGAAGAGGAAUACUUCAAUGAUAAUUACGUCAUCUCACCUUGUCGUAGUAAAACCAUGAUUAACCCGGAAUUUUUAGAGUGAGGUUCUUAUCGGAAGUUAAGAAACAGUUUUUUAACUUCCGCUAAGAACCUCGUCCUAAGAAUCCUAAGAAUUCUGGGUUAAUCAUGCUCUAAAAUCUUAAAAAAAAUCUAAAUAUCUAUGCAUGGCUGGCGGUGUUAAUAUAAUUGUUAAUAUCUAAAUGUUCUUUCUCAGCCCCAACUCUCCGGGAGAUUAUCACCGGCGGUGUUAAUAUAAUUGAUAGGAGUUUUGAGCCAUUUUUAUUUGGUUAGUGGUGGGGAAAAAGGCAAAGAAAGAAAAUAAAAGUCUUGUCCAUGUUUUCAGAGGACCGAAUCUUGUGGUGUAUCACUUAUGCAUGGCUGUGAAGCCUCUGUGUAGUCUGUAAAGCUUACGCGAGGAUUUUCUUGCUCCCUCUCUUUCUCUCUCUAUGAUAAUACUGUCUCUCACACCAUUCCCUUUGGCCUUCUGUCUAUCUGUUUACACCUCUCUUUCGUUUCUUUUGGCUCUAUUUACUUACCCUCUCUCGAUGAUAACGACUUGAAAGUUGAAACCCACCUCAAUAAAGAAACAAAAUAUUCUCAAAUUAUUCCCUUCUAAGCCUACUGUCUUGCUCGUGUUAAGGGUCACUUCUCUCUCUCUUUUUGUAUGUUUCUUUUGAGUGGCCGUGAAGGUGUGUCAUUCAGCUGGUGCCCUGUCCUGAUGCGUGUUCCUUGGCCUGAUGGGUUCUUUUACAUUCAGCAGAAGUGAGAUCAAUAUGGUGACCUCAACUUUUUGUUUUGUUUUGGUGUGAGCGUAUGCCUGGAGAUAAGUACAACUCGUCUUCGUCUCACAUCCCUCUCUCUCGAACAGAACGGCUCUUGAGAGAAAGAGAGCUUAGAGAGAAGAGGAGGAGCAACCGGGCUCGUAAUCCAAAUGAAGCUGUUGGCAGUUCUGAAAACUCUGACAACGACCUACGUCUAGAAGGGGACAGUUCAAGGCAAUAUGUUGAGCAGUACUUGGAAGGUGCUUCUGCUGCGAGGGCGCAUGAUAAUGUGUGUGAGAGGCAAGAAGUAAGGCCUUAUAACAGGCAACGGCUACUUGUAGUGGCUAACAGGCUCCCAGUUUCUGCGGUGAGAAGAGGUGAAGAUUCAUGGUCUUUAGAGAUCAGUGCUGGUGGUCUAGUUAGUGCUCUCUUAGGUGUAAAGGAAUUUGAGGCCAGAUGGAUUGGAUGGGCUGGAGUAAAUGUGCCUGAUGAGGUUGGGCAGAAGGCACUAACCAAAGCUUUGGCUGAGAAGAGGUGUAUCCCUGUGUUCCUUGACGAAGAGAUUGUUCAUCAGUACUAUAAUGGCUAUUGCAACAACAUUCUGUGGCCUUUGUUUCACUACCUUGGACUUCCACAAGAAGACCGGCUUGCCACAACAAGAAGCUUUCAGUCCCAGUUUGCUGCAUACAAGAAAGCAAAUCAAAUGUUUGCUGAUGUUGUAAGUGAACACUAUGAAGAAGGAGAUGUUGUCUGGUGCCAUGAUUAUCAUCUUAUGUUCCUUCCUAAAUGCCUUAAGGAAUACAACAGUAAGAUGAAAGUUGGAUGGUUUCUUCAUACACCAUUCCCUUCUUCUGAGAUACACAGAACACUUCCUUCACGUUCAGAGCUUCUUAGAUCAGUUCUUGCUGCGGAUUUAGUAGGUUUCCAUACAUAUGACUAUGCAAGACACUUUGUGAGUGCAUGCACUCGUAUACUUGGUCUUGAAGGAACACCUGAAGGAGUUGAAGAUCAAGGCAGGCUUACUCGAGUAGCUGCUUUUCCCAUUGGUAUAGAUUCUGAGAGGUUUAUACGAGCACUUGAAGUCCCUGAUGUCAUACAAAACAUGAAGGAGUUGAAAGAAAGAUUUGCCGGCAGGAAGGUGUUGUUAGGUGUUGAUCGGCUUGAUAUGAUCAAAGGGAUUCCUCAAAAGAUUCUUGCAUUUGAAAAAUUCCUAGAGGAAAACGCAAGCUGGCGUGAUAAAGUGGUGUUAUUGCAAAUUGCAGUACCAACAAGAACAGAUGUCCCUGAAUAUCAAAAACUCACAAGCCAAGUUCAUGAGAUUGCGGGAAGAAUUAAUGGUCGUUUUGGGACACUUACUGCAGUUCCAAUACACCACCUGGAUCGUUCUCUGGACUUUUAUGCUUUAUGUGCACUCUAUGCCGUCACAGAUGUUGCACUUGUUACAUCUUUGAGAGAUGGGAUGAACCUUGUCAGUUACGAGUUUGUUGCUUGCCAAGAAGCCAAGAAGGGCGUCCUCAUUCUCAGUGAAUUUGCAGGUGCUGCACAAUCUCUAGGUGCUGGAGCCAUUCUUGUGAAUCCUUGGAACAUUACAGAAGUUGCUGCCUCCAUUGGGCAGGCCUUAAACAUGUCACCUGACGAAAGAGAGAAAAGACAUAGGCAUAACUUCCAUCAUGUUAAAACUCAUACCGCUCAAGAAUGGGCUGAAACUUUUGUAAGUGAACUAAAUGAUACUGUAAUAGAGGCUCAACUAAGAAUCAGCAAAGUCCCACCUGAGCUUCCACAGAAUGACGCGAUUCGACUGUAUUCAAAGUCAACCAACAGGCUACUGAUCCUGGGUUUCAAUGCAACAUUGACUGAACCAGUGGAUAAUCAAGGGAGAAGAGGAGAUCAAAUAAAGGAGAUGGAUCUUAAUCUACAUCCAGAGCUAAAAGGACCAUUAAAGGCAUUAUGCAGUGAUCCAAGUACAACCAUAGUUGUCCUGAGUGGAAGCAGCAGAAGCGUUUUGGACAAAAACUUUGGAGAGUAUGAUAUGUGGUUAGCCGCAGAGAAUGGGAUGUUCCUAAGGCUUACAAAUGGAGAGUGGAUGACUACAAUGCCAGAACACUUGAACAUGGAAUGGGUUGAUAGUGUAAAGCAUGUUUUCAAGUACUUCACUGAGAGGACACCAAGGUCACACUUUGAAACACGUGAUACUUCAAUUAUAUGGAACUACAAAUAUGCAGAUAUUGAGUUCGGGAGACUUCAAGCAAGAGACCUGUUACAACACUUAUGGACAGGUCCUAUUUCUAACGCAUCAGUUGAUGUUGUCCAAGGAAGCCGCUCUGUGGAAGUUCGUGCUGUAGGUGUGACCAAGGGAGCUGCAAUUGAUCGCAUUCUAGGAGAGAUAGUGCAUAGCAAGUCCAUGACCACACCCAUUGAUUAUGUCUUGUGCAUUGGCCAUUUCUUGGGGAAGGACGAAGAUGUGUACACUUUCUUUGAACCAGAACUCCCAUCAGACAUCAUCCCAGCCAUUGCACGGUCCAGACCAUCAUCUGAUAGUGGUACCAAAUCAUCUUCAGGAGACAGAAGACCACCUUCAAAGUUGAUACACAACAACAAAAGCGGUUCAAAGUCUUCAUCCUCAUCUAACUCUAACAACAACAAGGCUUCACAGAGAUCUCUUCAGACAACAGAGAGAAAAAGUGGGUCCAACCAUAGCUUAGGGAACGCAAGACGUCCUUCACCAGAGAAGAUCUCAUGGAACGUGCUUGACCUGAAAGGAGAGAACUACUUUUCUUGUGCGGUGGGUCGUACCCGCACCAGUGCUAGAUAUCUUCUUGGCUCACCUGAUGAUGUUGUUGGCUUCCUAGAGAAGCUCGCUGACACGUCGGUUCCUAACUCAUCAUCUGCAUCUUAGAAUCUUAGAAGGUGCCAAGUGAGAGCUCUUGUAACUCAAGAAGUCAUUGUUUUGUAACAAUAAGUAACCAUUGACCAGAUUCCUUUAGUGGUUUUGAUCUAAUAAAAUAAAGAGUAGAGCAA